UACAAAGUUAACCCCUUCCCGUCUCUCUACUUCUACCCUUUCUUUGUUUUCCUUUGCUCUCCACUGUUGGUUAUCAUUUUCAACAGCAUUGAGAAGCUGCAUUUGGAUUUUUUCUACUUAAAAGACUAGUAAUAAGUGUUUUGAGUGUGGGUUUAGUGCCAAAAUUCAUUACAUUUUCUUCAACAUUGCCAAAUUAUUGAGCUGAUCAGUUCUUCUUUUCAAUGGAAAUACAUAACAGGUUGUUGUUCUUCAUUUGGAUUAUCAUACUUUUUAUAUCAAUCAGCUGUUUGAGUUAUAAUGUGGAAGGAAGAUUUCAUUAUCAUAAGAAGCACAAAAAUGUUCAAGACGUGGACAUUGAAAUUGGUGUGUUUCCGUCCCCUGCUGACGCUCCUACUAGUCCGGACGAGCCUGGUGAUAACUCGAACAAUUCCUCUUCGGAUCCUUGUAUUUUCAAUGUAAUGUCUUAUGGAGCUGUAGGAGACGGAACAACUAACGACCGGGACGCAUUCGUGGCGGCAUGGAAAGAUGCUUGUGAUGUUGAAUCCGGGGUUGUUUUGGUUCCUAGUGGUUAUGUCUUUUCAAUCACAUCCACGAUAUUUUCAGGCCCUUGCAAACCUGGAUUUGUUUUCCAAGUGGAUGGAGUUCUUAUGCCACCAGACGGACCUGAUUGCUGGCCGAAAUCCGACAGUGCGAGGCAAUGGCUUGUGUUCUAUAGAGUAGAUGGAAUGACUUUUACAGGAAGGGGAACCGUUGAAGGGAAUGGACAACAAUGGUGGGAGCUUCCCUGCAAACCUCACAGGGGUCCUAAUGGAACGACAUUACCCGGCCCUUGCGACAGCCCAGCUUUAAUCAGGUUUUUCAUGAGCUCUAAUUUGAUGGUCGGUGACCUAACAAUUCAAAACAGUCCUCAGUUCCACAUGAUAUUCCAAGGUUGCAAUGGCGUACGAAUUGAGAGAUUGUCCAUACUUUCACCCGCCCUUAGUCCUAAUACAGAUGGAAUCCACAUUUCUGAUUCAAGUUCUGUCGGCGUAUACAAUUCCCUCAUUGCAAACGGUGACGAUUGCAUUUCGAUCGGACCAGGUAGUACAGACAUCGAUAUACAGAACGUCACUUGUGGACCUAGUCAUGGUAUCAGCAUUGGAAGUCUAGGGGUACACAACUCGCAAGCCUGCGUUUCGAACAUAACAGUAAGAGAUUCAGUUAUAAGAAACUCGGACAACGGAGUAAGAAUCAAGACAUGGCAAGGGGGAAUGGGUUCAGUAACAAAUAUAAACUUUGAAAACAUUGAAAUGGAGAAUGUAAGAAACUGCAUUAUCAUAGACCAAUACUACUGUUUCACAAAAGGUUGUCACAAUCAAACUUCGGCCGUAUUCGUAAACGGCGUUUCAUAUAAAAACAUAAAGGGAACGUACGAUGUUAGAAGCCCACCUAUACAUUUUGCCUGCAGCGACUCUGUCGCGUGUACGAAUAUAACACUUUCUGAAGUCGAACUCUUUCCUUCAUUGGGUGAAAUGGUGGAUGAACCAUUUUGCUGGAAUGCUUAUGGAAAUUUAGAAACUCUCACGAUUCCUCCUAUUGGAUGUUUACAAGAAGGAGAACCACAAUCGAUCUCCGAAAGUAUGACCACCGGAUGUUCAUAAAAAUUUAUUACCAGUUCCCUCAAAUAAAGAUAUGGGUAUUAUGUGAUCGGAGGAGCUCCUGUCGUGAUACAUUGUUCAUUUCAGGCUCCCUAGAUUGUUUGUUUGUUUGUUAUGUGGUUAGGCAUCAUCCCUUUUGGGGUUCUAUUUUUAAUUUCCCUCUUAGUGUGAUGUAUUUUAGAAAAGAUUGGCCUAAUGUUGCAUCGUCAUAAUAAUAAUAGUACCUUCAUUUGUGAAGCUUGUAAGUUGUAACCUUGUUGUGGAUUUUAUUUGUACCAUUUGUGAAAUCUUUUAUUUAAUUGUGGAUUUUUCUCUGUA